AUGCCUUCGCAACAACAUCACCACUCCGGCCAGCGCACCAGCAGACAUAGGUCGACGCUGUCGCUGCAAAAGACGGAGAUCAAGAUCCACGUCUAUGACCUUUUACCGCCCGGAAGAGUCGCCUCUGUGUUGUGGACAAUAGGGGCAUCUCUGCUUCACUCGGGAGUGGUCAUCAACGGUCGAGAAUACGCGUAUGGCGGCCACGAUAGGCGCGGAGUCACCGGAGUGUAUUGGACAAAGCCCAGGACUGAGCCUCCGGGAGGCACCUUCAAGUGCGAGAUUCUGCACGGCUUCACGCUUGCCACGUCGGAAGAAGUCGACGCUGCUCUGCGAGACGCUUCGGAAGAGUUCCUCGGGACUUCGUACAACCUGCUCACAAAAAACUGCAACCAUUUUACGUCAUAUCUGUGCAAGAAGCUGACGGGAGAUGCGGGCCCCGGGUGGCUGAAUCGAGCCGCGAGCAUUGGAGUCGCACUGCCUUGCGUCGUGCCGAGGGAUUGGAUCGAGCCUCCAGAGUACAUAAGCGCAGAUGGCGAGCUUGUCGAUGAUGAGGACGACGAUGAGCAUGCGGAUGAGGGGUCGCGCAUGCUGGGGCAGACGAGGCCGCAUCUUCUCUCGGAACGUGACAACGAGUGGAACAGCGACGACGAGCGCCGCAGAGGAGGCAACGGCAAGGGGAAGCAGAUCCUCCGGGACACAUCAGGCAGACAGCUUCCGGCCGCAGAGAGGGCUAUUCGGCCGUGA